CUAGAAGGAACAGCACAUGAGUUACCGAACGCCGCAAACAAGAGGAGAAACGUGGACAUUUAUGUUCUUAUGCUUCAUUUAAAAAACUGUUAAUACGUUGCGCGGAGAUAAUCAGAUCAAUGAGAAGACAGUGUGGAUAUUAAAACCAUUCGUGGGAUAUUUUUAUAUAUGAAAACUGUUUCGUGUUCAUUUACAAAUGACUAGGACGUUUGAUCGAUGAUAUCACCAGAGCAGAUGAGAACCGAGUGAUCACCCUAUCCUUGGCCCUUUCUAUCAAUCAAAGGUCCAACGGGAGCAAAGAGACGCCUCCUGCGUCCUGCUCUGAACAACCCCAUUUCCUGCUUGUGUUGGUCCCCGUGAGUGUUUCAAAACUGUUUCUCCAACGCUUUUUCCAGAAACUUAGACUGUUUUCCAAAGCAGAAACAGCACAGACCUCCCAGAUUGAGGUGAUGGGAAGUGUGCGGGCCAACCGCUACAGCAUCGUGUCAUCAGAGGAGGACGGUAUGAAGUUGGCCACUGCUGCGGUGCCAAAUGGGUACGGUAAUGGGAAGGGUAAAGUCCAUACCCGUCACCAGACCCAGAGCAGGUUUGUCAAGAAAGACGGACACUGCAAUGUGCAUUUCAUCAACGUCAGCGAGAAAAGCCAGCGCUACCUGGCCGACAUCUUCACCACGUGCGUGGACAUUCGCUGGCGAUGGAUGUUCUUUAUCUUCUGCUUGGCCUUCCUGCUGUCGUGGCUGUUUUUUGGAUGUAUCUUCUGGUUGGUUGCAAUAUUCCAUGGAGACCUGGAGAACGACGGUCCCAAGUGUGUCUCCAACGUCAGCACAUUUACAGCUGCCUUUCUCUUCUCUAUUGAGACACAGACCACUAUCGGCUACGGUUAUCGAUAUGUAACAGACGAGUGCCCCAUCGCGGUGUUCAUGGUUGUAUUUCAGAGCAUAGUGGGCUGCAUCAUUGAUGCCUUCAUCAUCGGUGCUGUCAUGGCUAAGAUGGCAAAGCCCAAGAAGCGGAACGAGACCCUGGUGUUCAGCCACAAUGCCACAGUGGCCAUGAGAGACAAUAAACUGUGUCUGAUGUGGAGGGUGGGCAACUUGCGCAAAAGCCACCUGGUAGAGGCUCACGUUCGAGCUCAGCUCCUUAGAUCUCGCACCACAGCUGAGGGAGAGUUUAUCCCUCUAGACCAGAUGGACAUCGACGUGGGCUUUGACAGUGGCAUUGACCGCAUCUUCUUGGUGUCACCGAUCACCAUCGUCCAUGAGAUCGACGAGGAGAGCCCUUUCUAUGACAUGAGCAAACAGGAAAUGGAGAACUCUGACUUUGAAAUCGUAGUUAUCCUGGAGGGCAUGGUGGAGGCCACAGCCAUGACCACCCAGUGCCGCAGCUCCUACGUGGCCAGUGAGAUCCUUUGGGGACACCGAUUUGAGCCCGUCCUCUUCGAGGAGAAAAACUAUUACAAAGUAGACUACUCUCGCUUUCACAAGACCUACGAAGUGCCCAGUACCCCGCUGUGCAGCGCAAGGGAACUUGCUGAGAAAAAAUAUAUCCUGUCCAGCUCAAAUUCUUUUUGCUAUGAGAACGAGGUGGCCCUUUCAAACAAAGAGGAGAAAGAGGAAGGGAACGGGGACAUCCUUGGCCCUGGCGGGACAAACACAGACACUAGCUCAGACUCAGAUCAUAGCCAGGCCACCAUUCCCUUAGAACCACGGCCUCUACGGCGGGAAUCUGAAAUAUGACUGUGCAGAACUAGUGAAAAGGUUUUACAGACAACUCUUCAUACAGGCACACUGCGCUGAACUGAGCCCCUCGCCAAGGCAGACUCAAGCUAACGGUACAGUUACGAGGAGGAAUCAAAAAAAACUGUACAAGAGUGUUCUUAAGAAUAUGCAUAAAUAAAACAAAGCAUACAGGCACUGCACAGCUAAUGAAGAAUGCACAUUAAGGGAGGAGAAGAGAGAGUUCCCCAAUUAGGUUACACUACCUUUUUAGACCAUUGCUUCUGAAUGACGUGAAGCCAAGAGCAUGUACAGUAACUGGUUGGCAAAACUUGAAGAUGAGCAGGCAUGUGUCCAUGUGCAGUGUCCAACGAUGUAAGAAUGAUUCGAGUCCAGACCAAUGUUUUCAAGGUAAUAUCAAUAUGGAAAAUUUUGUCAAUUGAAUUAGGCAUUUUGAAUAGCUACGAAAAAUAAAAGCUUAAUAUUAACAAAAUAAAAUAAUAACAGUUUCUAGAAAUAACAUCAUACAAAAAAAAAACACAAAAAAAACAGCCAGGAGUGUUAGGCAAUGUCUUAAGUAUCAUUUAAAAAGUCCUGUUCAGUCCUGUCUAGUAACCGUCUACCGUUUUCCUUUCUAUUUAAGUCCACUGGCCUUUUGGGUAUUUAUGGAACAAUCUUUCAGGGGGCUAAGGUGGGUGACCUCUAUUUGGGAAAACAGACAACUCUGUGUUUGCUCUUUAAAAAAGCAAAAAACAUUAAGUUGUAAGCCCUCAACAGUACAUUUCAGGUUAUCUGAAGGGAGAAAUGCACAGGAACAUGCCUGAUAUAUAUAUGCGAUAUAUAUUGGACAGGGUCUUUAGAUCAGUAUCAGAAUGAGAAUCACAGUCAUCAUGUCCGCACGGACAAAAAGAGUGAACAUGUUAAUGAAUGUCUUUCUACAAGUGCUGCUAUGUUGCAUAUUAUAGAGUUUUAGACUUAAACCAAAGAGUAUUCAAAAUGAUCUUUCAUAAAGAAUGCAUCAAAUUAUUUUAUUAGAUGUAGGACAAUAGGACAAGUAAUGAUGUGGAGUAAAAAGUAUAUAUAUUUGUAAGUGAAAAAAAUAUUUUUUUUCGUUUGCUUACGCACAUGUAUGGUUUAUUUUUAUUGAAUAUUUUCUUAUUCAAAGCCAAAUGUGUAUAAGACAAAGACUAUGAAUAACAAAACCCAUUGGAAAUAAGAGCUACAGGUUAGGCUACCUUAUUUUCAAACCCUCCUUUCGAUCCCAUAACUUCAGUGUUACUGUAGUUUAAUGCUACAUGAGUGUUCGGGUUGGAAAAUCUUGCAUAGAAAACCUUUAGAUUGAAGGUUCUAUUUGCAUUGAUUACAUAUAGUUUCAUUUACACAUUGUGUGGGUGAAUAAUGGUUGAACGGUUUGGGUUUUAUUAGAAAGAAAUGGGACAGACAACAAAAUCCACUCUCCCUUCUGACUGUAAACCUCUUUAAUAAUUCAUUAUUUCUCAAUCAACUCUAACCUCUUGUCUUGCCUGACAAACUGCAAUACAACCCCAAUGACUUGUUUGGCAGGUGUACCAAGGACUGGGUAUGUAGGACUAGGCAAUUAGACUGCGAUCAUGGUACUGUGAUCCAAUGACAAUCAGAACACAGAAUCUGAGCUCAGAUCCGCACUUGCACACGAAAUGUGCUCCUUUGUUUGAGAUGUUUGAUUAUGAUGUAUAUACCUUGUCUCCUCUCACCCUUGCUUUUUCUUAAAUACCUGAAGUAACCCAAAACAGCCACUAGAGCAUCUUCUCCGGAAAGCUCUAUAAAAGGAGACAAUAAAAUUAGGGCAUAUUUAUUUAGAAAAUACUGUACAUUAUGCAGCUGUGUUAAACAUACAAAAGAGUAUAAAUUGCUAUCAGUGCUGUUUCAUCCGAGGUUUUUUUUUUUUUUUUUU